UGCGAGAGCUGCCGAAGGAGCUGGAGCGGCACAGCCACCGCCGCUGUCCCCUCUGUCCCCGCACGCCUCGCCCUGCCCUGCCGCCCUCCUCCUCCACACGUCGGCCCCCAGCGCUGGGUGCUGCGGUGGCACCCAGCGCCUGGUCCCAGCUGGGAGCUGCGGGGGCAGCGUGGGAUCGGGGUCCAUGCCAGCCGGAGACGGAGGGCUGACGGGUGCCUCUUCUCUUCCCCAAGGUGACAUGGAGCAGCUGAAGUGACCCAAGGAGCCACUGCAGCUGUGCCCAGGAUGGGCUGCGUGCACUGCAAAGAGAAGGUGUCCAGCAAAGGGCAGGUGGGGGGUGAGGUGGGUCCCCCCCAGCCCCUCACUUCCCAGUACGACCCUGACCCCACGCAGCCGGGCACCAUCUUCACCUGCAUCCCUGACUUCAACAACUUCCAUGGCCCCGCGGCGCUGCCCUCGGCUCCGGCCCCGGCGGGGUUCAGCACCAGCACCCUGCAGAUGCGGAGUGGAGGCAUCACAGGCGGGGGGGUGACACUUUUUGUCGCCCUGUAUGCCUAUGAGGCCCGGACAGAAGAUGAUUUGACCUUCCAGAAAGGGGAGAAAUUCCACAUCAUCAACAACACGGAGGGUGACUGGUGGGAGGCCAGGUCGCUGAGCUCGGGUGCCACAGGCUACAUCCCCAGCAACUACGUGGCCCCUGUGGACUCCAUCCAGGCAGAAGAGUGGUACUUCGGGAAGAUCGGGCGCAAGGAUGCGGAGCGGCAGCUGCUGUGCCACGGCAACUGCAGGGGCACCUUCCUGAUCCGGGAGAGUGAGACCACCAAAGGUGCCUACUCCCUGUCCAUCCGGGACUGGGACGAGGCCAAGGGGGACCACGUGAAGCACUACAAGGUGCGGAAGCUGGACAGCGGCGGCUACUACAUCACCACCCGGGCGCAGUUCGACACCGUGCAGCAGCUGGUCCAGCACUACAUAGAGCGGGCAGCAGGGCUGUGCUGCCGCCUGGCCGUGCCUUGCCACAAAGGGACGCCCAAGCUGGCAGACCUCUCGGUCAAAACCAAGGACAUGUGGGAGAUCCCCCGAGAGUCCCUGCAGCUCCUCAAGAAGCUGGGCAACGGGCAGUUCGGGGAAGUGUGGAUGGGGACAUGGAACGGCACCACAAAGGUGGCAGUGAAGACGCUGAAGCCUGGCACGAUGUCCCCUGAGGCCUUCCUGGAGGAGGCUCAGAUCAUGAAGCGGCUGCGGCAUGACAAGCUGGUGCAGCUCUACGCCGUGGUGUCGGAGGAGCCGAUCUACAUCGUCACCGAGUUCAUGAGCCAGGGCAGCCUGCUGGAUUUCCUGAAGGACGGGGAUGGGCGCUACCUGAAGCUGCCCCAGCUGGUGGACAUGGCUGCCCAGGUACUGGGGAGGCUGACACAGGGUGGGGGUGCAUCUGGGGGGGUCCUCACUGCCUCCCCCCCACGCCCAGGUGGCGGCGGGCAUGGCCUACAUCGAGCGGAUGAACUACAUCCACCGGGACCUGCGCGCUGCCAACAUCCUGGUGGGGGACAACCUGGUCUGCAAGAUCGCCGACUUCGGCCUGGCCCGCCUGAUCGAGGACAACGAGUACACGGCGCGCCAGGGUGCCAAGUUCCCCAUCAAGUGGACGGCGCCGGAGGCUGCGCUCUUUGGCAAGUUCACCAUCAAGUCAGACGUUUGGUCCUUUGGCAUCCUCCUGACCGAGCUGGUGACCAAAGGCCGAGUCCCCUACCCAGGGAUGAACAACCGCGAGGUACUGGAGCAGGUGGAGCGUGGGUACCGCAUGCAGUGCCCUGGCAGCUGCCCGCCCUCGCUGCACGAGGCCAUGGUGCAGUGCUGGCGGCGCGAGCCCGAGGAGCGCCCAACCUUCGAGUACCUCCAGGCCUUCCUCGAGGACUACUUCACUGCCACCGAGCCCCAGUACCAGCCUGGGGACAACCAGUGACCCUCCCUGCCCCCAGGCAGGCCUCCCCUUUCGUGCCUGGGGAGUGAUGCCCUCUGUGACUGUGCCCCCCCGGCGCCUCUCGGGGGUGCUCGAGGGCUUUGCACAAGGGCUUUGAACUCAGAGAGGGGACAAAGCUGUGUCCCCCCCGAUCUCGAGCCCCCUCUCCAUCCUUGCCUUCACACCCAGCUCUGAACCAGGGCAGUGCUUUUGGCUGGGGGCGGGAGGUGGGUACCCCCUGUGCCCCCUCCGACACCCCUACCUCACAGCAGCAGAAGCCUUGGGGUGGGUCUGUGGGGGGUCCCUGUGCCAACCCAAACUUCUUGAGGGGUUCAGCCAUCCAAAUCCUGGCUCUGGCUUGGGGAAGAUCCUCUCAACCUCCUCCCCCUGCUCCCUCACUUUUAUAUCUCUAAGAUUUUUGCCCCUCCCAGCAACCUCAGACUCCAAGGACCCCCAAGGCUCUGGGGGGGGGUCCUUCAUCCCCCUUUUCCUGUCCCCCCCCUCCUUAUUUCCUCUCCUAACAGCAGGGCCAAAUCCUGACACCACAAACCUCUGCUUGAGCUGGCGGGGGGGGGGAACAAGGAGUCCUGGGGGGUACAGGAGGUCCCGGUGAGGGG